GGGCACAGGUGGGUGGCACUGCUGGGCACAGGUAGGUGGCACUUCUGGGCACAGGUAGGUGGCACUGCAGAGUGGCACAGGUGGGUGCACUGCUGGGCACAGGUGGGUGCACUGCUGGGCACAGGUGGGUGCACUGCUGGGCACAGGUGGGCGCACUGCUGGGCACAGGUGGGCGGAACUGGUGGGUGGCACUGCUGGGCACCGAUCAUCAGGGCACUGAUCAGUGCCCUGAUGAUCGGUGCCGAUCCCUGCUCUGACAACUGCCGGUUCUCGGCAGCACUUUCCUCACGCUUUCACAGCGUGAGGAAAGUGCAGCCGAGAACCGGCAAUUGC